AUGCACAUUCUGCAAGUGGCUUGGAUAUUUAACGCCAUAGUCUUUACAACAGGAAUUCCAAGAUGUAAAGAGGGGUUUGUCAAUGUCGCUAAUUGGUGUUUUUCGUUCCAUCGCAAAGGAGCAACAUUUGCAAAAUCUGUUGAGAUUUGUGAAGAAAGUGGAGGAGAAAUGGUGAUUUUGGAUUCACAAGAGAAAGAAAUGGCUCUCACGAAUUACAUGGAAGCCCAAAACUUUUCAUUCAAUCUGGCCAUACCAAAUCGAGAGGUAUAUCCUUUUUUUUUUUUUUUUUUUUUUUUUUGCCUAUUCUAUGCAUACAAAUGUUUUUCUCAACAAUUUUCCAUUUUUUUUAAUUUUAUUUUUCAGUUUCUUCGGAAAUCACAUAUGAGAUUAAAAGCAGCAGACGAAUAUGCCGAUAAAUUUUGUGAGUUUUACAAGAAGUAUAAUGAUUCAGUACCAUCAUCAAAAUUGUACAUCUCAAAUGCCAAGAUUCCAGUAGAGUUUAAUAAAGACAACAGAGCCAACUUAACAACACCUCCCGGCUUCUCCAUCAAGAGGUCCAGUAUUCCAAACGCAGGCCUUGGGGCAUGGGCAGAAACCCAUAUCCCUAUUUAUAGAGUGAUAGGGAUCUACGAAGGGGAAGAGUUCUUUGAUGACGGUGACCAUUUGUAUGCAUGGAUACUUAACUCCGGCGAUGAAGAUACAAUGACACAUUUUGUGGAUGGAGCCUCCCCCGCAAAAAGCAACUGGUUGCGGUAUGUCAACUGUCCGAGAAAUUACAAAGAAGAAAAUGUCCAUUCCGUGAUCUGUGACGAUUUGGUAUUUUACAUGACGUCACAAGUUGUGAUGCCAGAUACCGAGUUACUCGUGUGGUACGGAGGGUGGUACGGAUAUCAGUUAGGAAUUAGAAACGUGCAUCCGGAGGACGAUCUAGAUCUGGAUGAUGUAUUCUAUGUUCGAGUUAGCUACUUAAAUCAAGAUUAUCCUGGAAAAUUUAGUUUCCAUGACAACACCACCGUCAUAUACACAAACUGGAAUCCUAAACAAAUUAAGGAAUUUAACGAAGAUGAAUACUGGGAGCACAUCACCGAACCGUUUGGGUUAUUACUUUCACACAAUAAGGGACAGUGGAGUUGGGUACCUGAGAAGGAUUAUUCUUAUUUUACUGGUGAAGGAGGACUUUUAUUACCGUUUGUUUGUGAACACAAAUCGAAUGUAAAGCAGUGACUUUCA